CGGCGGGGGACACGGCGGCCGCCGCGGGGCUCGAUCGGGCAACGGCGACGACGGCGGCGGCGGCGGCGACGGGUCUUCCUCCUCCCUCACCCCCUUGCUCCUUUUUUUCUUCCUCCUCUUUUCCCUUCCGGCCGGGUCUCGUCCACUUCCCCUAACGGCGGCCCCGAUCCUACGUAAAGGCAUGACUUCCCGGCACCGCAGGGAAAAUAGGGUGCAAGCCCAGAAACUAUUUCCCCAUCACCACUUGUUGAAAAACUGAUUUGAAGGCAUCUCCGGGUUUGAACAAACGAAAGUGCCAGGAUUUCAAGCGUCUUUGGUUUUGCGCUGGAGACCCUUCACUACUAAGUAUCAAGACGAAAAAAACUGGAAAGUGAUCGGAACAAAUCUUCAUAUAGAAUUAGGCCAGUUUAGUGGCCCACCUGUUUGAACAAACUUUGUACACAAUUGCCUACAAUUGUGUUCCUAAAAUCAGUUGUCCCAGAACUGUGAAGAAACUAUUCAGAGUCAGAAUGGAAAGAUUUGUAGUGACAGCACCACCUGCCCGAAACCGUUCUAAGACUGCUUUGUAUGUGACUCCCCUCGAUCGAGUCACUGAGUUUGGAGGUGAGCUGCACGAAGAUGGAGGAAAACUCUUCUGCACUUCUUGCAAUGUUGUUCUGAAUCAUGUUCGCAAGUCUGCCAUUAGUGACCACCUUAAGUCAAAGACUCAUACCAAGAGGAAGGCAGAAUUUGAAGAGCAGAAUGUGAGAAAGAAGCAGAGGCCCCUAACUGCAUCCCUUCAGUGCAACAGUACUGCGCAAACAGAGAAAGUCAGUGUUAUCCAGGACUUUGUGAAAAUGUGCCUGGAAGCCAACAUCCCACUUGAGAAGGCUGAUCACCCAGCAGUCCGUGCUUUCCUGUCUCGCCAUGUGAAGAAUGGAGGCUCCAUACCUAAGUCAGACCAGCUGAGGAGAGCAUAUCUUCCUGAUGGAUAUGAGAAUGAGAAUCAACUCCUCAACUCACAAGAUUGUUGACAAGGAGGUUACCACCAUUGUGAUCAAGAUAAAUGUGGAGUAUUAAAGUUAUGUGUUGAUUGUGUGGUUCAUUUUUAUAUUUAUUUCAUUUAAAAUCAUGUGAUGCAGAAUAGUUUUGCAAUGUGUAUAUAGUUGCAGGCAAAAAAAAACAAAAACAAAAAAAAAAACCUCACUGCAAAACUUGUUAAUUUUAGUCACCAACGGUGUAAAGCAAAACUUAGGGUUUAGAGUGUGCUAGGAUACCUGAAACCUGAUGGUUAUCUUUAAAAUUGAUGGUUUUUCUCCUGAAAUGUUUGUGCAUGGAAGAACUGCCCUGCUUUUUUACCCUGUUACCAUAUAUGAUUAUUCCUUGUGAGAUUACUUAAUUACUUGGAUUGAACACUAGCCUAGGAAAUUGAAGCUGCUGCCAGGCAACACCACUCACAGUAACUAAAAGGAAUUAUUUCUGAGAGGAUCCUCUUCAAAAAGGAAGGGAUGGUGGGAAAUUGUUCUUAUAUCUUCAGUUCCCUCGAAGAAAUGACUAUCUUUUUUUUUCAAACUAUGCGUGUAUAUGAUGUAGUUACCUUAUCUAUCUUUCAGUUCCUCACUUUUUUCACCCUUUUUAAAGGCUUAUUGUAUUUAGCAGCUUCAAGUGACCAAAAGACUAAAAUCUCAGUGUCAGUGCCAAAAGCCAUGGGGAAUUUUGCAGUGACAUGAGUUUAGUCUCUUACUAUAAACAAAUUUUUGAACCAUAACUCAUUUCAAGCAUCCUCUUGAAUUUGCAAGCUUUUUUUUUUU